AUGGCAAAGUGUGUGGCGGGUGCUCAUUGCCUGACCUACACUGCACAACCUGAAGGGGGCAGCACUGGCGGUGGCACACUCGUCACCAUCUUGUUUAAUGGCAGCGGCAUGGGGAACCAAUGUCCGUGGUACACUGGAGAUGGGCCACCUUUUGAGGUGCACAUGACUAAUCCAGAGAGGCCACGAAUGAUUUGUGACCUACAACCGACUUAUUCACCAUCAGCAUCCAUUACAUGUAAAACAAGACCAUCCGGACAAGAAGACUGGUAUGAGCUGGAAGUGUUCUGUGAUGGACAGCUGAUAAAACAGACCACGGGUAUUAUGUUCCAGUUUUCCGAGCUGGAGACUCCUGUAAUUCAUGACGUCAGCCCAUCACAUGGAGUGCCAGGGGACGUCAUUAACAUUUCUGGCAGGAUCAUGACCCAAGUCUUUGAAAACUAUGAUUUUAAUAUUGACUUCAUUGAGAGCCCAGUGAUCCUAACAGCUGACCGGGACCGAUACUCCUCGCUCUGUACACUGGCUGACAUGGCCUCUGGGAAAAUUUAUCCCAUCCAAGUAAAGGAUGAACUAGGGGCACUGCAGUGCAAGCUAGAAGGGGAUUACAUUGGUUCACAGAAUGUCACACUGUCCAUAUUCAACAAAGGAAGGGCAAUAGUGAGCAAGGAGGCCUGGCGGAUCAGUGCAAAACAAGAGCUGUUUCUGUAUCAGACACACUCAGAGAUACUGUCUAUAAGUCCAGGCUCGGGGAGCACAGAAGGAGGGACGGACAUUCAUAUUAUUGGAGAUUUCUUUAUGCAUCCGGCUAGAGUCAGCAUUGCAGGAAACCCUUGUGCAAUCAAAUACCUGACGCCCAGACUCAUAAUCUGUACAACUGCUCCUCAGAGACACAGCCAGCAAGCCCCUCACCCAGGUAACCGAGGGCUCCUGUAUGAACUAUGGGAUGGAUUACAGCACAUGGAUAUGACUGAAAAGCCUUCGGGGUACCAACGUUCAGUGGUUCCCAACGCCAGUUCCGCAUUAGGCAUUGUUCCGGCACCUGAGCAGCGGUUUAGAGCGAGACUAAGCGGCUUCUUCGUAUCUCCGGAGACAAACAAUUACACAUUUUGGAUACAGUCAGACAGUGAAGCUCAACUCUUCAUUAGCCAAUCAGAGGAGGCAGAAAGAAAGGUUGAGGUGGCCUCCAUUCCACAAGGCAUUACUGAAUGGACUGACCACUGGGAAAGGGACUGGGACAGACGCUGGAAACAGAAAUCCCCCAAAAUGGAGCUUUCUCGGGGGAGGAAAUAUUACAUAGAGAUGUUACAGCGUGGGACAGGGCCAGCGUCCAACAUGAAAAUCGGGGUUCAGAUUCACAACACCUGGCUGAGUCCGGAGGUCAUACAGACUUAUCAGCGGGAGAGACAUCAGAUAGUAGCCGAGUCCGCCCAUGUUCCUGACAUUCAGAAGUUGGACUUUGCAGGCGUUGGACUGGUGCAGUUUUGUUGGGACAAUGUGACAAGUAAACCGGUUGACGUAACCAGCACAGCUGAGCAAAUACAGGCAGUGGUGGAAGACCUGCUGUCAGUGCAUUGUGUUACAGACCUGGCCACAGGGGACGUAUUCCUGCACAGCGGAUUUGAAGGGACGGAUGAAGCGGUCACAUACGGGAUGCGAGCAGGCUGGGAGGAGCCAUACUGCGGCAGGUUCAGCAUCUUUAUGCCAAAGUAUAUCCUGAAAGACUCGCGGUGGCUGCACAUGAGAUAUGAGUUACAUAAGUUCAGUCACGUGUGCUUUGCUUAUAGGGGAUAUUUGGGAGACCAUCUGUUGGUGACAUUGACGUACAACAGCACGUUUCUAAGCACAGUCACCAACAAUUAUACAUGCCAAUGGAAAUUCAAUGAAACUCUUCCAGAAAGAUGGAAUUUUGGCUGUACUGAUCUCAGGACCUGUCUACGUGACUCACUAGAUGAUGCUACUACACAAUCAUCGGUAUAUGUGGAUCAGAUUCUGCUGUUACAAAGGGAAAAUGAUCAAAAGAAUUGGUAUUGGAUUGAUGAGCUCAUUAUUGCAAAGAGAGGCACAAGAGUAGUUUUUGUGGAUCCUAAAGCAGCCCGACCAGGCGGCCACCUUCUACCCACCGUGAGCAUUACUGGAACUUACCCAUCAUACAACCUGACAGCCUUGGUGGCCAGUUGUGGCAUCAAUCUUCCCCUUAUAGAGUUAUGCAGGGCCUCUGCGGAAUCCCCAGGGGACGGUCAGCAGGCACAUACGGCUGGAAAUGGAACAGUUACGUUAGUAGUAACAAGACUACAAGCAGCGAGCCCACCAAUUGGAGGAACGUUUUCUAUCCGAUUAUCGGACACUGUAAUACCAGGAAUUCCAGUGCACACCUCUCCUGCGAAUCUCAGAGACAUACUAGUCAGUAACUCCGACAACCUCACCGCUCAGUACAUUAAUGUCACUGACUUUACUGUCACCGAGGAACUGAAGACCUGCCACCAAAUUGUUUGGACAUUAACCUGGACAAAUAUGACCGGAGACUUGCCCAAUUUGAUCCUGGUACAUGCUGAAAAUCUUACAGGCCUGAACCCUUCUAUUAUAACGAGGGUUGUUUUUGAUGGUGGAGUGUUUAUAGGGCCAAUAUUUGGAGACAUGCUUGCUUCUUCACACAGCCUACCUCAGGUCACUGUUCAUAUAAAUGAUAUUCCAGCCCAAUGCUCAGGCUCCUGUGCUUUCCAGCAUCUUCUGGAUGUAACGCCUAUGGUGACGGAUAUUCAGAACUCCGCAGGUGACGGAUGUGACUUCGUUGUCAAGAUCACUGGAUCUGGUUUUCAUGGGAGCUUCGCGGAUAUAGAUGUGAAAAUAAAUGAGACAGACUGUAAUGUUAUUGAUGUGGACACCUCCAGCAUAGCGUGUUGUAUGGACACGUGUCUGCCUCUGGGACACCACCAGGUCAGAGUACAUGUGAAGCCUCUGGGUUUUGCCAUGAAUGGAAGUGGGAACGCCAUUUCCAUGCACCUUACACCAAGGAUCGCCUCUGUUUUCCCAUCUCUCAUUCCACAAAUUGGAGGCCAGCUUAUAUCUGUAAGAGGUAUUGGCUUUCAGGAUGUGACCAUGGUGGUAUUUGGGUCUCAGCAGUGCCCGCUGUAUGCAAGGAACUUCACUACAGUCAUAUGCCGCGCACCGUCCCAGGCUGACACUUUGCAUGUGAAAAAUAUUACAAUGAAAACUGGACAGCAGUGGAUCUCUUUUCCUGAACUGAUCACAUUUGAUCCUUCCUUAAAUCCAGUUAUUUUGUCAAUCAGUCCAAAUGUGAGCAACACGGCAGGUGACCAGGUCUCCUGCAUUAGCCUGUCAAACUUUGACAACAACACACUCUGGGAGAUAGAGGUAGCAGUACACAAGGCUGUUGCCAAGAUUCUAAGAGUAACAUCUCACAGCAUAGAAGUGAUUCUGCCCCAACUCUCGCCUGGGUUAUAUAAUGUCACUGUUUCAGUAAAUGGGAUCUCGCUCACAGCUAACGGGUUCCAGCCGACUGUCCGGUACAUCCUGGAAAUGUUCCGCCUGGAACCGUGCUGCGGCUCCUUCAUGGGUGGGACUGUUAUCAGCAUCUUCGGUAAAGGAUUUAGUUCCAAUACGUCACUCAUUUCAGUAACUGUUGGAGGACAACCCUGUAGACUCCUAUCAUCCACUGAAGACGUAAUUGAGUGCCAGACACCACCGUACCUCUAUUAUAGCUCAGACGAAGAAAACAUGACUGUCCCUCUCAAGCUUUCAAUUGCAAAUAUAUCAUCUGAGAAGGAAAUUCCAGACUCAAUAAACACCAGUGGCCUUGUCUUUGCUUACCAUAGAGACUUCACGCCAACGGUCUCAAAUUUGACUUGGGCUAUAGAAAACGGCAGCUUGUGGUUGCUCCUUGCAGGACUCAAUGCUACAAACUCAGUCAUUCUCUUUAAAAAUGUACAGCGCGGGAUGGAGUAUAAAACAAACUAUACAGAACUACAGCACUCUGGCUUUGUAAUACCUCUCCAUAAUUUUAUUGUUGGGAAAUACCGUAUAAAUGUCUACAGUGAUAAGCUUGGAUUUGCUAACAUCACAUCGGAGGAGCAGACAUUCGAGAUUGUACAUACUGUAUCCUCAUUUUCUCCUGAAGAAGGCCCAUUGUGUGGUGGAACCGUUCUCACAAUAUUUGGAUCUUUUUAUGCAUCCACUAAAAACACGACAACCGUAACCCUAACACGCGAUUAUGCUUGCUCUGUUGUAAGUGUGAAUAGUACCGCAAUUAAAUGUGCACUCAAGGUUAACAACAACCAGAAUAUAUCAUUCCCCGUUUAUGUUCAUGUUGCGGUCAUUAUUAAUGGUGUUCCUGGAAUCUGCGAAAGAAACUGUACUUUCCGCAUGGUUCCAGAUCAGAGCCCUGUGGUUAAUGAAAUUCUGGCCAGUCUAGAAAGGACAACCUUUGUUCUCUACGUUCUUGGUCAACGGUUAAACGAGAGGCUGCAAAUUGUUGUAGACAGAAGCCUAGAAUGCAGGGUGGCCUCUUGGAAUGAGACGAUGGUCAGAUGUCACCUCGAAGACUCGAUGACUCCUGGGAAUCAUACAGUGAGGUUUCCAUCUGCUGGAGAUGGAGAUAUAUGCCUAUUACUGAAACCCUUUCAUUUUUCAAUAGCCCCACAGAUAACAAAGAUGUAUCCUCUGAAUUUUGGUAAUAAUGGGGGUGGCUGUUUAACAAUCGAAGGAGUAGGUCUACAAGGACGUAACUCCACCAUAGUCCUGGUAGGACAUCUCCGCCACUGUGUUAUAACUACUGCUAACUACACCAUGAUCAAAUGUAUGGUUCCACCAGGAAACGGAACUCUGAGUGUAAUAAUACAAGUGGAUAAUUACAACUACACCACCGGUAACGUCUAUUUGGAAGAACUAUACACACCGGUGGUGCAUACUGUCUUGGAAAGGGAUUCUGUGCUUGUGUUGGAUGUCUCAGGAGUCACAGCCAUAGACCAUGUGCACAUCACAGUUGGAGAUUACAAUUGCACCAACGUUUAUGGAAACACGUCCGCGAUCCAAUGCUCUGUCUCUAAUCUUCCAGCUGGGAGAUAUGGAAUCCAAUGUCUCGAUCGUGAAAGAGGCUGGGCCACGUCAAAUAUCACAGUGGCGUUUCCAAUUGCGGUCACUUCAUUGAGGAAUAACAUUGACUGCAUGGAAAGCGGGACUCUCCAUAUUUCUGGGACUGGCUUCUCCCGUGGCAACACGUUCGUUAGUAUCUGUGGCUCUCACUGUGACAUGUACAAUCACCUGACUACGCCGACAGACGUCUAUUGUGCUAACUGGAGGUUAAACAGUUCAUUGGCCUUCCUGUGUGACUUGACUUUGGAGGCCGGGGCACGGUGCCAUGAGAAUCGAAACACGUUCAUUCAGUGUGAAGUCACCGUGCAAGUGGGAGACUUCCGAGUGACACAACAUUUGGCCUACGUCCAUGUUUGCCAUCAUCAUUGGAUAUGCGGCGCCCUCUCUGUGCCAGCUGGCACUGUCCGUAUAGCUAACAUCACUGGACUGUUUAUCAGCCCUAAAGUGGAAGGAGAUGAAGUCCUCAUCUAUAACGGCUCCUGCAACAUCACCAUAGAAACAGAGGCAGAGAUUGAGUGUGAGGCCCUUAAUCAGCCAAUUACCGCGCAGAUUACUGCGAUACGGAAAAAGUGGCUCCACAACACUCAGGGAGGCAAUAUCUCUUUCCACCUCUGCAGCCUUUGGUCUGAGGACUCCAGCUGGCCUUCUGGGCACCCGCCAGUAGAUGGCGACAACGUCACAGUAGAGAGGGGCCGCACUCUGCGUCUGGAUACAAGCACCAGCUUACUCAACCUGCUACAUAUCAAAGGUGGCAAGCUUGUGCUGACAGGACCAGGAUCCGUCCACCUCCGCGCUCACUAUAUAUUAAUCUCAGACGGUGGAGAGCUGCAGGCGGGCACAUCCACUCAUCCUUAUAUAGGGAAAGCCAACAUCACACUCUAUGGGAGCUCUUACUCUACUCCGCUAUAUCCCUAUGGUGUCAAGUUUCUAGCGGUUCGAAAUGGGACUAUUUCCAUGCAUGGCUGGAUCCCAAGAUUCAUCUCCACACACCUGGCCGUCACCGCUAGGGCCAAUGACACUACACUUAGAGUAAUGGAUCCUGUUGACUGGCGUGUGGGUGAUGAGGUGGUCCUGUGCGGAGCAGACCCCGUAAAGCUGGAAGAGGUCCUAACCGUACACAGUAUAAAUGGUACACAAAUCUCCGUCAGACCACCCCUGAGAUAUGAUUAUGGAAUUUUGGAGCAAUACAUAGAAGCGGACUGGGUGUAUCUGAGGCCCAUUGUAGCGUUGCUGACCAGAGAUAUUACUGUGAAAGGGAACCUGACAGAGCAGUAUAUGGCCCGUCACCGCCGCUGCCGGCAAGCCGGAGUCCCACAUAUUUCCGAGUGCCGUUACGGUAAAAGUGAGAAAAUCCUGGGAUCCCAAGAUCUGGGUUCGGUUUUUAUCGCACAAGCCUUGAAGGAUGAGCCCAGUCUGAUCCAAAUUUCUGGAGUCGGGUUCCUGUACGCCGGGCAGACUUUUAGGAAGCCAUUUUGCGCCCUCAGCAUUGUCGGCGAUGUUCCCAUGUGUGGCUCCUACAUACGAGGGUGCGUUGUAAGGAAUACCUUUGCUCGUGGCAUCAGCCUCUCUGGGAUUUCACAGUUCACGGUGGAGGAAAAUAUAUUCUACAAUACUAAAGGUCACAGCCUGAUGAUUGGAGAACAUUCAGAAGACCACAAUAACGUGAAACAUAAUCUGUUUAUAAGGAUUUCAGGAACCACUGGCCUCUCUAACAUUGAGACGCUGGCGCCUGCCGCUAUUUAUAUCAGAUCACCUUCUAGCGCCAUAGAGGGAAACAUGGUGUGCACCGCCGGAUAUGGUUUUUUCUACCACCUGUCACCAGAUGGACCUUCUCACGCACACAUGGGAACAUUCAAGGAAAACACAGCUGUGUCGUGUAUGAGAUCUGGCUUUGCCCUGCACCCGGAAUAUCAACCUCGCCACUCCAGCCAGCCAGCCACUUUCCAAGGGUUUACCGCCUGGAAAAGCCGAGGCGGCGCGCAGAUCGCUCGAUGCGGUAACGUGUCUUUUAAAGAAUUUAAGAUCUACUCCUGCAAAGAAUUUGGAAUUAAUAUCAGCGAAAGCGCCGGGAAUACCGAGGUUUCUGACAGUUUAUUGCUUGGCCAUCUUGAUGGCGGGGACAGUGAUUGUAUGGUAUCCGGUAUUAAUGCUCCCAAGAGGAUCCAGAUGACGAUCAAUAACACUUUGUUUAUAAACUUUGAUCGCCCGUCGUGCAGUGCUGUCAGGACCUGCUCCGGCUGCAUUAGGGGGCAAGGCGGCUUCACGGUAAAAACACAAAGGCUGCGAUUUAUAAACUCGACCGAGAAAUACUUCUUCCCAUUUCCUCACUGCGCCAUGUUGGAAGACAUUGACGGCUCCCUGACUGGAUCGGUAGGGAGCCACCUACUGCCUUCCCUGGAUAUUCUCCCCGACGCCUGCCGGAAAGUGGCCGAUGUCAGUGUCUGUGACGCGCAUAUAAAGUUUCACCGCAUGUCCAUCGGCCUGGGAAGAGCUCCCAGGGACCCUUACAGUGUGACGGUCAUUAACACCAUGAAUCAGACGACCACUGUGAACUACGUUCCAGACACUCUGUCCAACCUGUUCGGCUGGCAGGCCCUGCUGCUGGAUAAAGAGACGUACACCGUUCUAUUCCAUUCUCCGGACAUGGACGGCGAUCUACGUUAUUCCGCCACCUUUGAUGAUUUUGCAGAGGAGAGUUACAUGUAUGUAAGGCACUGCAACCUGUCAAGCGUCAUUAAUGUCUCCAUAACGUGUGGAUGGCGGGACGGGAAUCCCCACCUAUCCAUUCCUACCCUUGGGGAUAGCGGUGCCUGUGACUGGUUCUUUGACAGCAAACGUGGCGUGCUGACCUAUCUGGUUGCUGGUGAAGGCCAAGUAAGAGUGACCCUGACAGCAGAGCGGAUGAUGACAACACCAACACCACCACCAGCGCCCGGCCCUCAGCCCCAUCCAGUUUUCAAGUGGUCUUCUCCUGAGUCUUGGGAAGGAGUUGGCGCGGGCUGGGGAGGACAUAGCUCAACUACACCUCGGGCAGGAGAAGAUGUUAUUAUCUUGCCCAACAGAACCGUAGUAGUUGACAUUGCUCUACCUCCACUUGGUGGGCUGUACGUCAUUGGAACUCUGGUGUUUCCUGCCCACUCCAGCAAUGUGCUGAGCGUCACCUGCAUUCUCAUAGCCGGAGGGGAGCUGCGUAUUGGGACAGGUCAGCAGCCACUGGAAUGGGAGCAGAGACUCCGGAUACACCUACGUGCCUCUGAAGGCAUCCCCUGCGAUCGGUGGAGUGGUCUAAGCGUGUACCCCGGAGCCAUUGGAGUUUAUGGAAAGUUGCAAAUCCAUAGUGCUUAUCCCAGCAGAUCAUGGACGCGUCUUGGGUCUGAUAUUGCGCCUGGCAAUGAAAUGAUUGCUGUGAAUGGCACACUAGACUGGAGACCAGGAGACCAGUUUGUCAUUGGCUCAUCGUCUUAUGAAGCCCAUCAAGCUGAACUUGUCAAUCUAAGAGACAUUUAUGGGUAUAUUGUUCGAAUUUGGGGGAAAUUGGACUUCUGGCAUUCUGGCACAGUUCACAACAUAGGAGAUAUCUGGAAAAUCCCAUUGACAGCAGAGGUUGGCUUGUUGUCUCGCAAUGUCCAGAUCGAGACUGAUAUAUCCUGUUCUGGGAGAAUUAUGGUUGGACAAUACACAAAUGACCACGGACAAGGAUAUUUGGGAUCUCUAGAACUUUUUAACGUUGAAAUUUCCAACUUUGGAUCACCCCAAUUUUCAGCGAUAACUUUUACAAACAUAAGCCAUGGUUCUUCUAUAUCAUCUACCAGCAUCCACCACAGCUGCGGAGGAGGCAUCAGUGCAGUUAGCAGUGCAAGCAUUUCAUUGCAUGAUAAUGUAAUAUAUAACAGUGUCGGACAUGGAAUUCACCUGGACGGUGAUAACCACACUCUCACCAAUAACCUCAUCAUUUUAUCAAGACAGCCAGAUACCCAGUCGGAAUGGGUGACGGGUAUUAAGAUAAAUUUACUCGGUCGAGCCUCCUUAUCUGGUAAUGCAGUCGCAGGAUCGGAACGUAUUGCUUUUCAUGUACGAGGUCAGGGUUGCGAUUCAGAAGACCACCCUUGGCAGGGGAAUGUGGCCCAUUCAAGCCUUCACGGUCUUCAUGUUUAUUGGGAUGACGGCUUUAAGAACUGUACAAAAAUAGCUGGAUUCCUGUCUUACAAGAACUAUGACUAUGGUCUGAUUUUUCACUUGGAAAGUAGUGUCGUAGUAGAGAAUGUGGCUCUCCUAGACAAUGGCGUUGGUGUUUUGCCCAUUGUCUCUCAACAAUCCAUCGAUUCUUAUAAUUACCUGAGACAAUACAUUACUAUCCGCAACUCACUGAUCGUUGCAACGAGCCCUGCAUUUGACUGCAUAAGGGACAGAAUCAAACCUUUGUCAGCCAAUGUCACAAUGAGAGACCGAGCCCCGGUCUCUCCUUUAAGAGGACGAGUCGGAAUUCUCUGGCCUACAUUUACAGCAAGACCCAGAACGUGGCCAGAUUUUCCAUGGCACAUGUUAUGUGAUGGUGCUGUCUCUGGUAUUAUGAAACUACAAGAUGUCACCUUUUCUGGAAUUAAGAGGAGCUGUUACAGGGAUGACACUGACACAUGUAUUAUGUCUAAUCCAGAAAACAUGGCGAUAAUGUGCCCAGUAAUAGCGGAAAGGACCAAAAUGGUUCAUAUUCGUUAUGAAAACAUCUUCUACUUCCACCCGCCAGUGAGAGCUCCAGGAUGUCCAUCAUCCAUAGAAUGUUCUGGGAUGCGGACGGCACUAUUUAAAGAUCUGGACGGAACUAUGUUGGACCUCAGUCCACCAGUCACUGUCUUCCCAAAGUCUGGACCUCCAACAGUGUUGCCCUGCUUUAACAUGGGUAUUUACAAGAAAGAUGACGUCUGCACCUACAAGUCGGAAGCCCGGGCUCAAAUAUGCCAACAGAUCGGUCACACCGUCCUCAUCCUGGAAAACAUUGCAGAUGUCGCUGAGCCCAUCAGCCCAGUCUUAUCAAUAACCGAUGACUUUGUUCAAGCGUUUGUCAGUGGUCAGACUUCCCCCAACCACUGCUGUGACUCAAAGAACCAUACAACCUUCUACUCAAUCUUACCAGCCAAUAAAAUUAGCAAAGUGUGUUUCAGUGGUCCAACUCCAAAGGCCAUGAGACUUCAGCUAAAUGGUGGCCAAAACUCUACCAAGCUUGUCAUAGCCCUGUUUUAUGACACCCCAAACAGUUUCUACAUUGUGUCAAGAGGGAGAAAAUACUCUACAGUUGUAUAUGAUGCGGAGCCCAAUUUUCAAAAUAAAAAGCAAGGUUCAAGCUUCUUCAGUUUCAGAGAGAACUUGUUGUAUGUUGUUCUCCAAGGAGACGAGCCGGUAGAGAUAUGGACACAUUUAUCCAUCCACUUAUUCUUCUAUGUGGCUCCAGAGACCAAUGUGGAUGUCCACAACCAGCUGCCCUUAGAACUGGCACAUUUUUUGAGAAUUGACCCAGCCCGUGUAAGAGUAAUACAGACUUUGCAAGGGAGCACUAAGACUUUGCAGGCUAUGAUGGACAAUCGUUCUAAGCUCCAACGUCACUGCCCUUUAAUGAUUGAGGACAGAAUAAGAGUCAGGCGUCACUCUGCACCAGACCUGGAACACCCAGCUGGCCGUGCUGUGGAGAAACAAGAUGCCCCGAUGGAAGUGCUCAUUGUAGAAAUAAGUCACCCAACUGGGCUGGUGCAAACUGUGGCAUCUGGUACCACAGUUACAUCUUCUUCUGUGCAUGUUAAUCUGCAGAGCAUUGCCAACAGAAUUAUCGGUGCCCUACAGGAAGGAGAACUUGAGACUGCCUUACCUCUGCAGAUUGACUCCUUGAUGGUGAUUGAGCCAACGCAUGGAAGCAGCAGCAGCAACAUUAUCGGAAGCCGCAGCACUCUGUAUGUGAGACCGCAUCGCAUCUACAUAGAAGUGCAGCCGGUGGGUGGGACAACUGGAAGGCUACUUCUGACGCAGCCUAAAGUUGCUUUCUUGGAUAUACAGGGCAAUCGAGUAAAGAAUUUGGGACAUUCCUCCAGUCGCUGGUUUUUAUCUGUUUAUCUCAAGGGUUCCGCCAGUGCUCCUCUAAAAGGGAACACUACGGUGGAAAUAGAAGAUGGAUGGGGGAACUUUUCAAACUUGGUCGUCUCAAGUUCUGGAUCAAACUGGUGCCUGAUAUUUAAUGUUACAUCACCUCCAGGGGUGAUGUUCUCAGUGCAAUCCAAGGAAUUCCAAGUGUCCCUCUCACCGAGCCGCGAUAGGGAAAAUACCUUUCUGCUGGUCGUCCUGAGCUCUGCUGCCUCCGCCAUUGCCGUCUUACUCUUCUGUUGCUGUUUCCUGAAAAGAAAGAAAGGUAAAAGGCUGAAAGCAGGAGCUAAGCUGAGAAGGUGAUACACGUUGCAGCAUACAAGAUCUGUGUUGUGUUCUAAAUGCAGAAUUUGUGCAAUCCAUGGAUUUGAAGCUUUAUACAUUAUGUACUUUUGAUUUGUCUUCUA